GUAUUUUUGAAUGUCUAUUUGCAGAGAAUUAUGCUGCUUAUUAAAAAUGGUGUCAUUUAGGAAUAAUUGCCCUCAGAUUUUGUUGAGGAAAUCAUUGACUUAAAAUUGUCUGUAAUUUUACUUGUGAAUAGUGUGUGUUUUUUCCUUCUAUUGCUCUCAGAGAAGGAAACAAAAGUUUUCCAUGAGGAAUUAAAUAUUUUCUUGAUAUUUCCUAUCGCUUUUAUCAGAAGUAAAAGCAUAUCAGGAUCUCAAACACGUUCAAAUUUCAGAAGUGUAGACUACAACCAGUGUUCUUAACUACCCUUUCAGGAUUCUUUUCAGGUAAAAAUAAGCUGAAAUGAAGAACUCAGAUAUCUGGAAGGAAAUGAUAAAUGGUUUCAAAAAGAUCUUAACAGGAAAUGCUCAGUAAAGUGUAUCUUAAUGAAAUUGUCAAAAAUCAAAGUCUUCCUGGACAAAUAGGUUUGGGGAAAGUUGUUAAAUUGUCCAUUCCCUCAAAAAUUUAAUUAUGGGAAGAUCUGUUUGGAUAACAGGGAAGGUUCAAAACAUUAUAUAUAAAGAAAAUACUAGGGUGCCUGCCUGGCUUAAUCAGAAUAGCAUGUGACUCUUGAUCUUGAUCUUGGGGUGGUAAGUUUGAGGCCCACAUUGGGUAUAGAGAUUACUUAAAAAAAAUUUUUAAAGCCCUUUAAAGAAAAAAAGGGGGGAGCCAGGUGGCUCAGUCAGUUGAGCAUCCAACUCUUGAUUUCGGCUCAGGUCUUCAUCUCACACUUAGUGAAAUCUAGCCCUGUGUCGGGCUCUGUGCUGAUAGCACAGAACCUGCUUGGGAUUCUCUCUCUCUCUCUCUCUCUCUCUCUCUCUCUCUCUCUCUCUUCCUCUCCCAGCUUGCAUACAUGAGUGCACGUACACUCUCUCUCAAAAUAAAUAAACUUUAAAAAAAAGAAAAAAGCUCUUAGAACUAGUAAGUGAAAUUAGUAAAGGUUUCAGGAUAAAAGUUCAAUGUAUAGAAACCAAUUAUAUUUUUAAAUACUAGCAAUUUUUUUGAAAAAGGAAGUUUUUAAAAUGUCAUUUGCAAGAGCAUAAAAAAAAAAAAACAAAAUAUUUAAGGAUAAACUAACAAAACGUGUGUAAGACUUAGGGUUAAAAACCUAUGAAAAACAUGGCUGAGAAUAAUUAAAAACCUAGAUAAAAGUGGGGCACCUAGGUGGCUCAGUCAGUUAAGUCUCUGACUUCUGUUCAGGUCAUGAUGUCACGGUACGUGAGUUCCAGCCCCUCAACAGGCUCUGUGCUGACUGCUCAGAGCCUGGAGCCUGCUUUGGAUUCUGUGUCUCCCUGUUUCAUUGCCCCUCCCCUGCUCACACUCUGUUUCUCUCUCUCUCAAAAAUAAAUAAACAUUAAAAAAAUUUUUUUUUAACCUAGAUAAAUGAAAUGAUCAAUCAUGCCUAUGGAUUGGAACACUCAAUAUUUUUAAAAUAAUAGUUCUACCCAAGGGGAUCUGUAGAUUUUUAAAAAUCCUGAUGAAAAUCCUUUCAUGUCCUUUUGUAAAACUUGCCAGCCUGAAUCUAUAUUUAUGUAGAAACCAAAGGAUCUACAAUAGACAAAGCAAUUUUGAUCCCCCUAAAAAGAAAAGAAAGUUGGAGGACUCUACUACGUUAUUUUAAGACUUGCUGUAAGCUUACACUAAUCAAGACAGUGUAGUAUUGGCAUAAAGAUAGAAAUAUAGAUCAUUGAAAGUGGAGGAUCCAGAAACAGACCCAUACAUAAUAAUGGUCAACUGAUUUCUGACAAAUGUACAUAGAUAAUUCAAUAGGGAAAUGAUAGUCUUUUCAACAAAAUAGUACUUGAACACCAGAAUAUCCAUAUGGAAAAAAUGAACCUUAACCUUUACUUUUGCCUUACAUGAAAAUUAACUCACAAUGUAUCAUUAUGGACCUAAACGUAAAACUUAAAAUUUCUAAAAGAAAACAUGGAAACUGCAGUGACCAAAUACUGUUUAGGUCACAAAAAACACUAAUUAUGAAAGAAACAACUGAUACAUUGUACUUCAUCAAAAUUAAAAAUGCCUGUUCUUCAAAAGACACCAUUAACAAAAAUGCAAGCCACAAAGACAUUUGGAUAAAUAUAUCUGCAGAGGACUUAUAUCCUAAAUAUAUAAAGAACUCUUGUAACUUAAUAGCUUUUGCUAUUUGAGACACUCUGAUUUUUUUUAAUGGGCAAACUUUGAAUAGACCGAUCACCAAAGACACUAUAGGAAUGUCCAAUAAGCACAUGAAGGAUACUCAAUUGUGUUAUUUCCUCAAGGCUAUGCAAACUAAACCACAGAAAAUACUACAUAUCUACUAUACUGACUAAAAUUAAAUACCAGCAAUACCAAGUUUGAGGUGUUCAUGGAGCAAGUAGAAUCCAUACCUUCUUGUUGGGAACGCCAGAUAAUCUAGCUACUUUUGAAACAGUUUGGCAGUACUUCAUAGAGUUAAAUAUAAACUUGACCAUACAACCUAGCAAUCCCAUUCCUAGAUAUUUCCCCAAGAUAAAUGGAAAUGUAUGUUCAAAGACUCAUACUUCAGUGUUCCUAGAAGCAAUGUUCAUACUUCAGUGUUCCUAGAAUCAGUGUUCCUAGAAGCAAUAGCCAUAAACUGAAAACAACCCAGAAUUUAUCAGCUGGUGACUAGAUAAAGUUUGGUUUAUACAUACAGUGGAAAACUACUUAAUAAAAAGGAACAGACUGCUAGCAUAUAGAACAACAUAGAUGAACCUCAAAAACAUUAUACAGUUAACCCUUGAACAACCUGAGGGUUAGGGUCACUGGCCCUCUGAGUCAAUUUGAGUAUAACUUUGACUCCCCCAAAACUUUACUAAUAGCCUAGUGUUGAGCAGAAGCCUUACUGAUGACAUAAACAAUGGAUACAUAUUUGUGUUUUAUAUAUCAUAUACUGUAUUUUUAUAAUGAAGUAAGCUAGAGAAAAGAUAAUGUUACAGAGAAAAGCCUAAGGAAGAGGUACACCUGGGUGGCUCAGUUGGUUGAGGGUGUGAUUCUUGAUUUCUGCUCAGGUCAUGAUUCCAGGGUUGUGGGAUCAGUGCCCGUGUCAGGCUCCAUGCUGAGUGUGGAACCUGCUUACGCACAUGCACGAUCUCUCUCUUUCUAAAAUAAAGAAAGAAAGAAAGAACAGCAUAUGGAAGAAAAAAUCAUUUACAGCACUGUACUGUAUCAAAAGCCACGUGUAAGUACAGCUGUGCAAUUCAAAUCCAUGUUGUUCAAGGACUGACUAUACUAAGAGAAAGAAACUGACACAACAGACCAAAUAUUGUAUGAUUCUAUUUGUAUGAAAUUCCAGGAAACACAAAACUAUAGUGUUAGAAAGCAAAUUAAUGGUUUCUAAGGGGUAGGAGGGUCUGAGGGAGGGAACUGACUGCAAAGGGGCAUGAAUGAACCGGUAAGAGUAAUGGAAAAUGUUCUCCAUCGUGAUUGUAUUGUGGUUAGAAUACUGUAUACUCCUGCAAAAACUCAUCUAAUUUUAUACAAAGGCUUAGUGGAUUUUCUAUGUAAAUUAUACCUCAGUAAAGCUGACUGACUAAAAAAUGGACAAAAUAUAGAAACAUACACUUCAUGGGGCAUCUGCAUGGCUUAGUCGGUUAAGCAUCCGACAUCGGCUCAGGUCAUGAUCUCACGGCUCGUGGGUUCGAGCCCCAUGUUGGGCUCUGUGCUGACAGCUCAGAGCCUGGAGUCUGCUUCGGAUUCUGUCUCCUGUCUCUGCCCCUUCCCCACUCGCACUCUAUCGGUCUCUCAAAAAUAAAUAAAUGUAAAAAAAAAAUAUUUUUUUGAAAAGAAACAUAUACUUCACAAAGGAAGAUACUUAUGAAUGACCUGUGAUCACAUAAAAAGAAGUUGCACAUCACUAGUCAUCAUGGAGAUGCUAACUGAAAUCACCAUGAGAACCCCGCUAAACACCCACUGGAAUGUCUGUGUAUCAAGAAUUGUAAGGAUAAGGAGCUGCUAGAACUCUGAUCCGCUGGCUGAUGGGACUAUAACACGGUACAACCACUUUGGAAGUCAAUGAUGAAUCUAGUCGAGAGGCUGAAGUCACUGCCAGGGAGCACAUGGGUUCCGGCGGCUCCCUCCAGUCCCGUGAAGAGAAGCAAGAGCCUGUUGUGGUAAGGCCCUAUCCGCAGGUGCAGAUGUUGUCUACACACCAUGCUGUUGCAUCGGGCACACCCGUCACAGUGACAGCCCCACCAGCACAUCUGACGCCAGCAGUGCCACUCUCCUUUUCGGAGGGACUUAUGAAGCCGCCCCCGAAGCCCACCAUGCCUAGCCGUCCCAUUGCUCCUGCUCCACCUUCUACCUUGUCACUUCCCCCCAAGGUUCCAGGGCAGGUUACCGUUACCAUGGAGAGUAGCAUCCCUCAAGCUUCAGCCAUUCCUGUGGCAACAAUCAGUGGACAACAGGGACAUCCCAGUAACCUGCAUCAUAUCAUGACCACAAAUGUACAGAUGUCUAUUAUCCGCAGCAAUGCUCCUGGGCCCCCUCUUCACAUUGGAGCUUCUCAUUUACCUCGAGGUAAAAACUGUGCAGCCGCUGCUGCUGUGAUGUCCAGUUCUAAAGUAACCACGGUCCUGAGGCCGACUUCCCAGUUGCCAAAUACUGCUACAGCUCAGCCGGCAGUACAGCAUAUCAUUCACCAACCUAUCCAGUCUCGUCCACCUGUGACCACCUCUAAUACCAUCCCUCCUGCUGUGGUAGCAACUGUUUCAGCCACCAGAGCUCAAUCUCCAGUCAUUACUACAACAGCAGCACAUGCUACUGAUUCAGCACUCAGUCGGCCAACUUUGUCUAUCCAGCAUCCACCAUCUGCAGCAAUUAGCAUUCAGCGUCCUGCCCAGUCACGGGAUGUAACAACAAGAAUCACACUGCCAUCUCAUCCUGCAUUAGGGACUCCAAAACAGCAGCUUCACACCAUGGCUCAGAAAACUAUCUUCAGCACCGGUACACCAGUGGCUGCGGCCACAGUAGCACCUAUUUUGGCAACCAACACCAUUCCUUCAGCGACUACAGCCGGCUCUGUGUCACACACACAAGCUCCCACAAGUACAAUUGUUACCAUGACAAUGCCCUCACAUUCGUCCCAUGCUACCGCUGUGACCACCUCAAACAUCCCAGUCGCUAAGGUGGUGCCUCAGCAGAUCACACACACUUCUCCUCGGAUCCAGCCUGAUUACCCUGCGGAGAGGAGUAGCCUGAUUCCCAUUUCAGGUCAUCGGGCCUCUCCAAAUCCUGUGGCCAUGGAAACCCGAAGUGACAAUAGACCGUCUGUUCCCGUUCAGUUCCAGUACUUUUUGCCAACAUACCCACCUUCUGCAUACCCACUGGCUGCGCACACGUACACCCCAAUCACCAGCUCUGUGUCCACCAUCCGACAGUAUCCAGUUUCUGCUCAGGCUCCAAACUCUGCCAUCACAGCCCAGACUGGCGUUGGGGUGGCAUCCACAGUCCACCUAAACCCCAUGCAGUUGAUGACCGUGGAUGCUUCUCAUGCUCGACAUAUCCAAGGGAUCCAGCCAGCACCUAUCAGUACACAGGGGAUACAGCCAGCCCCCAUCGGGACUCCAGGAAUACAGCCGGCACCAAUGGGCACACAGGGAAUUCACUCAGCAACCCCAAUCAGCACACAGGGACUCCAGCCUGCUCCAAUGGGUACUCAGCAGCCUCAGCCUGAAGGAAAGACUUCAGCAGUGGUAUUGGCGGAUGGAGCCACAAUUGUAGCCAACCCUAUUAGCAGUCCAUUCAGUGCUGCUCCAGCAGCAACAACUGUGGUGCAGACCCACAGCCAGAGUGCUAGCACCAACGCUCCGGCCCAGGGCUCGUCCCCCCGGCCAAGUAUCCUCCGGAAGAAGCCCGCCACGGAUGGAAUGGCAGUUCGGAAAACCCUCAUUCCUCCUCAGCCUCCUGAAGUGGCUAGCCCUCGAGUGGAAAGCUCUAUGCGGAGUACAUCUGGGUCACCUAGGCCUGCAGGUGCCAAGCCUAAGUCAGAAAUCCACGUAUCAAUGACCACUCCAGUCACUGUGUCCAUGGAGACCGUGUCCAGUCAAAGCAAUGACCAGCCCACCAUUGCAGUCCCUCCCACGGCUCAGCAGCCUCCACCGACCAUCCCAACCAUGAUCGCAGCCACGAGCCCCCCAUCACAGCCAGCCGUCGCCCUCUCAACCAUUCCCGGAGCGGUCCCCGUCACUCCUCCUGUCACUACCAUCGCAGCUGCCCCUCCACCAUCAGCCGCUGUGGCCGGCAAUCUCUCCUCUGUGUUGGGCCCUCCGGUACCUGAGAUAAAAGUUAAAGAAGAAGUGGAGCCAAUGGACAUCAUGAGGCCGGUCUCUGCAGUUCCCCCCCUGGCUACCAGCACUGUGUCUCCAUCUCUCACAUUGCUGGCUAACAACCUGUCCAUGCCUACAAGUGACCUACCACCUGGUGCCUCUCCAAGGAAAAAGCCUCGAAAGCAACAGCACGUGAUUUCUACAGAAGAAGGGGAUAUGAUGGAGACGAACAGCACUGACGACGAGAAGUCCACUGCCAAGAGUCUUUUGGUGAAGGCUGAGAAGCGCAAGUCUCCCCCCAAGGAGUAUAUUGAUGAAGAAGGUGUGAGGUAUGUCCCAGUGCGUCCAAGACCUCCCAUUACUUUGCUCCGUCACUAUCGGAACCCUUGGAAAGCUGCUUACCACCACUUUCAGCGGUACAGUGAUGUCCGGGUCAAAGAAGAGAAGAAAGCUAUGCUGCAGGAAAUAGCUAACCAGAAAGGGGUGUCCUGUCGUGCUCAAGGCUGGAAAGUUCACCUCUGUGCCGCUCAGUUGCUACAGCUGACAAAUCUGGAGCAUGAUGUUUAUGAAAGACUCACCAACCUACAGGAAGGGAUUAUCCCAAAGAAAAAGGCGGCCACUGAUGAUGAUCUGCACCGAAUAAACGAACUGAUACAGGGAAAUAUGCAGCGGUGUAAACUUGUGAUGGACCAGAUCAGUGAGGCCAGAGACUCCAUGCUUAAGGUUUUAGAUCAUAAAGACCGUGUCCUGAAGCUUCUAAACAAGAAUGGGACUGUCAAGAAGGUGUCAAAAUUGAAGCGAAAGGAGAAAGUCUAGACCCAGAAGAAUCAGGACUUUGGAAACAGAAUUUAUGAAGAAUGAUGGUGCGGGUGGGGGGAGGGUUUUGGUUCUUUUCAAAAUGGAACAUUGAAAAAAAGGAAGUGUUCCUUAAUUCACACAAGAAAGCAGAGGGACCCAUGGUACCCAAUGGCACAAACGGAUCAGAGCUGUUCUGAUGCAGUGAACUCCAUUCUCUCUUUCAGGCAUAUCCCUCUUAAACUCGCUGUGUCACAAACGACUCCUGAUGCAUCGGUGUCUGCCAGUGAGAAUCAGUGACACAAAUGAGUGGCUGGCAGUUUUCAGCCUUCUGGUUUAUAAAUUGUAUUUAUCUGACGGAUUCCUGCAGGACCCAUACUGAGCCUGGACUGAAAGUAUCCACUUGGACCAUCUGUUAUCUCUCUACACUGAAAAAUCAAACCUCUUCCCCUCAGCCCAGCCAGUUCUUAUCUGUCUGACCUUCAAAUGCCUGAGCUGGCCUUUUACAGCAGUGUCAUAUGGCACCAAGAGACUUGCCACAUCUCACACUCUAAAGGGUUUGAACUAUUAAUUCUUGUCAUUUUUUUAAAGAACCAUUUCAAAGUGAAAUUGUUAUAUUGUCUGUCCUGCGUGUGUCAGAGUUGGGUUUUUGUGGAGGUUCCGAGCAAGCAACAUCUGAAGUUGCUCUGAGAUCCUUGUUCUGAAGUACAUUCUCAGUUAUCUGUACUUCGCGUAGCUGGUGUGAUGCUGUUGAUUGUAUGUACCGCACAUCUCCCAAUGUUAAUAAAGGACUCAGAGAGGUUUUUGUA